AUAAUUGACAUUUGAUGGUCUAUGGUUUUUUUAACAACAGUUAAAAUUAUCAAAUCGAAAACAAAUGUUUUUUAAGUAAAUGUGUGCAUCUAUGAGGAAAUCUAAGUAGUUGAAAAGUAAAAAUACUGUUAAGAUAUAAAUAUGAAUGUAGCAAUCAGACGAAUCGUAACAACGCAGUCGUAUAGGUUAUGUUAUAGUACUACAUACAAAUAUUUACAAGCUCCAGUAACCUCAAGAUGUCCUGUUAUACAACUACGAAGCUACUGCGACAACAAAGUGGAAACUCGGAGAUUGCCUCAGUUAAUGGAAUUUCCACCAAUUGUAUGGCCAUCGUUCAUAAAGUUUAUAAAAAAUUGGAUGUUUGCGACGUUCAUCAUUCGGCCCUAUUUUGAUCAAGAAUUCAAUUUGUCAGAGUUUAUUGAAGCUUCUAAACAUGCUGUCCAGGUAGUUUCAGAGGGUUUACAAAAUAGCAGCUUCAAAUCAUUGGAAGGGCUGGUAGAUAAAGAUGCCAUUGCAUCGCUUAAGUCGGCUAUAUCACAACUGUCUAUUUCACAAAGGCAGUUGUUGAGUAUUGAUAAGGAGGAUAUAUUCUACGCUUUUCCUUAUCAGGUAGGAGUUAUGUUUGACGACACUGACAAGAGAUGGGUGGAAAUUACAAUGUGCUAUCAUGUGCUUAGAGGACUCAAACAUAUGAAGGAAACAGGAGACCUACCCCCAAUUACCUUAGGUGGCCAACCAGAGUUUCAGGACAAAAUAUUUAUAUUGAACUAUAGAUUCAUACGAGAAUUCACGAAAGGAGUAGAGGACAGCUGGUGCAUAAAUAUCGUGAAUCAUUUUCAACCACAGAACCUUGCUAAGAGACAGUGACUGCCCUAGACAAUAAGUAGGAUAUAUUAAAAUUUUGUUGGCCUGUA